UUAACACAGAUUACAAAGCGUAGCACACGUGCUACAAUAAGGCUACAAUAGUUUUACAAAAUAAUAUGUUACUUGAACUAGUGUUGUUCUCGACGCUAUCGCUGUUUGCGUCCGCUAGUGAUGUGCUGUACCGGGAUGUGGAGACGCAAGAGGGACUAGUGAGGGGAUCUAACGUGGAUCAUCAGGAUGUCUUCUCAUUUUACGGGAUUCCCUAUGCGUCCGCGCCGACGGGGGCUGAUCGAUUUAAGGCACCGCUACCCCCGAUAAAGCGACAUGAGCUCUUCAAUGCCAACAUCAGAAACAUCAUCUGUCCGCAACGACCAAUAUUCUCAGACACCUUCCUCCAGCUGAACAGGACUAUCGACUGCCUUCGGCUGAACAUCUUCACUCCCACCACGAUAGAGAACAAACUGCCAGUGAUGGUCUACAUCCACGGGGGAGGCUGGCAGGAAGGCUACGGCAUGAUAUUCAACCCGUCUGCCCUCGCGCAACGAGGCAUCAUCGCCGUCAACAUCAACUACAGACUAGGAGUGCAUGGGUUCCUUUGUCUAGGCACGGAGUUUGCUCCAGGCAAUGCAGGGUACAAGGACCAGGCGGCCGCUUUGAAGUGGAUCAGGAGUAACAUUGCCAAAUUUGGCGGAGACCCAGAGAAGGUGACGUUAGCUGGCAGCAGCUCAGGAAGUUUCUCCGUAGAGCUGCACAUGCUCAGUGACAUGUCGCGAGGGUUGUUCAGCCAGAUCAUCUUGGAGAGCGUCUCAGCUAUCUCUGAUUCUGGCUUCUCGGCUCCCCUGGACACGGCUGAAGCAUUUCUCAACCAAUUCGGAAUCACGACUGGAAAGAAUGUCACGCAGUUGGAAUACCUUUACUCGUCUUUAAGUGAUGCGGCUCUGAACCAAGGUCUGAGGGGAGCCAACGGACUCCUGGGAUUCAUGACGUGUCUAGAGACUUAUGGAAGCAAAUCUGAGAGGUUCAUAGAUCGUAAACCAGCCGAUAUCAUCAGAGAAGGUGACUACGAAAAACGGCCAUAUUUAACUGGAGUCACAGCUUUCGAAGGGAUCGAGAUUUACUCGAAACCGUCGAUAGAACUACAUGAACUUGUUCCUUCAAACAUAAAUUUCACCUCUGAAGAAAGCCGUAGAGAUACGGCUAAAGCUAUUUAUGAUUUCUACUUCCCUACUGGGGAAGUGACGGAUGAAGGGAUAGUGGACUACUACACAGACCGUAUAUUCGUCUAUCCGUCGUUCACCUCUGCUAAGGCUCACGCAAAGAACUCUUUGCCAGUAUACGUGUACUUGUUCACAUACAACGGGACCGUGAAUCUGCCUCCGAAGUCCCAGGUGUCGAUGAAGGGCCCCGGCCACGUGGCGCACAGUCUGUACAUCCAAGACUAUGACUACCAGGAGUUGUAUAAGAACAUGACGGCGGAUGACUACGUCAUGCAGAAUCGACUACGAGAGAUGUGGGCCAACUUUGUUAAGUUUGGGUAAGUUUUCGAGGAAAUAAAUUAAGCAAA